GCCAAGACUUUAAAUGGCAUUUGUGAUAAAGCAAUCCGAUCAACUACAGAUCCACUGAUGAGCCAGUGUGCAUGUCUGGAGGAGGUUCAUUUAACCAACAUUAAACCAGGGAAGGCCUGGAUAUUGGGGAAUUUACAGAUGCUUGUGAAAUCAGGAAUGUACAUCAAAUCAACUUAUGAUGGAUUACAUGUAAUUACUGGAACUACAGAAAAUUCCCCUGCCGAUCGAUCUCAGAAGAUUCAUGCUGGUGAUGAAGUGAUCCAGGUUAACAGGCAAACUGUGGUUGGAUGGCAGCUAAAAAAUCUGGUGGCAAAGUUACGAGAGAAUCCUGCUGGGGUUAGGCUGCUGCUUAAGAAACGUCCCACUGGCUCUUUCCAUUUCACUCCUGCUCCGCUAAAGAACCUGCGCUGGAAACCACCCUUGGUGCAGACCAGUCCUUCGCCAACUUCAACCCAGUCACCAGAAAGCAUGAUGGAUACCUCACUGAAAAAAGAGAAACCAGCCAUUUUGGAUCUGUACAUACCACCUCCACCAGCUGUUCCAUAUUCUCCUCGAGAUGAAAAGGGGAGUUUUGUAUAUGGAGGAGGCAACAAACCCUGUCAGCCACUACCUAGAUCCAAGGGUGCCGAGUCUCCCAAUUCUUUUCUGGAUCAGGAGAGUCGAAGGCGACGGUUUACUAUCGCAGAUUCGGAUCAGUUGCCUGGGUAUCCCAUGGAACCAAAUAUCCUGCCAGCCAAGAUGAGGGAAAAAACACAAUCGUAUGGAAAACCUCGUCCUUUGUCAAUGCCUGCUGAUGGGAGCUGGAUCGGAGUUGCAGAACCCUUCUCCAGGCCUCGAGCACCAGGGAGAAAAGGUGAAGAUGUCCUCUGCAGGUACUUCAGUAAUGAAAGGAUACCCCCGACCAUUGAAGAAAGUCCCUCCACACAACACCCCCUCUCAAGGCCAGUGUCUGACAAGCAGUUAGUGAGAGGAACAGAUUAUAUUCGAGGCAGCAGGUGUUAUGUGAAUGCAGACCUCCACAACAGUGCAACAAUUCCUUUUCAAGAGGAAGGUGCUAAAAAAUCCUCUGUUACAUCAUCCACAAAAUCUUCCUCCACAGAGCCCUCGUUGCUAGUCAGUUGGAUCACAAGACUGAAAUUGUUGACUCAUUGACUAUUGUUCGCAGGACUGUUACCAAGUGCCUUUGCUCAUCGGUCAGACUUCUCUACUUUUCAGCUUAACUGAUGCAUAGUGACUAAUGCAGUGUUCUUUUCCUGGAGAAUCUUACGUUUUUGCUGUUUUGUUUGUGAUUUUUGAUGUAUCAGAGGGUUUCAAAGUGCAAGGAGGGAAGAAAGAAAAAGAUCAAGUUCCUCUUCCUGGCCAAAAGCUGAGGGCAUUUAUUUUCCCUGGAAAUUAGUAAAAUUUCAGUGAUACAGAGGCUACACGUGACCUG